CGGAUACAUGCAAAAGUGAACAAGAUGCCGUAUUUGGGUGGAAAUGUUCACGGAGAGCCUUGAACCACUGUCACGUCGAGAGUAGCACAAACGAUGCCCUUCCUCUUCCUAUUUAUUGCGACAAACCGACUGCACAAUGAUCGAAUUUCAGUACCGCGGGUUUAUUAAUGAAUUGUAGAGUGGGUCAGUAUUAUUUUAAGAGCGCCGACCGCUUUUCUGGCCGAGAGCAUCAGUAAUUCGGGGACCAUGGCCAGCGGCGUGACUAAAGUGGUCCUCCGUUGUGAGGAAGCAAAUGAGACCCAAAUCCUAGAUCUAUCUGAGUGUCAGCUUAUGCAGGUGCCAGAUGCAGUUUACCAUCUGAUGAGACACACUGAACUGAAAGCCUGUAAUCUUUCAAGUAAUGUCAUCACAAAGAUCCCUCCCAAAUUCGCCGUAAAAUUCUCCCUCAUAACAGAGUUAAACCUUUCGCACAAUCAGAUGAGCAAGCUUCCUGAUGAGCUGGCAGAUUUGGCUGAACUAGAGCGGCUGGACAUAUCCCACAAUGCUUUUAUAAGCCUGCCUACAGCGGCUUACAAGAUGCCCAAGCUGACUCUACUCAACGCCAACUGCAACCACAUCAUCGACAUUGAUGUCGAAAGGCUGCAGAACUCACCAUCCCUCAAGGAAGUCGAUCUUGAGGAGAACCCCGUACCGUUCAACACCGCCACGGCACUCCGCAGCCUCCCGAGGAUACGGGUUGUACUCUCGGAACGGAAGCCAGAGGAAUGGGAAGAUCUCACUGUUUAGUCAUCAAACUGUAGUCAAUUCUUACUCCUGAAUAUCCCCUUUACCUCUUUAAUACCUGAUUACCGCUAUCCUUGAGAGAUGGCUGGAUUUUCAGGGUUAAAAUGCUGCUCAAAGUACAGUUUAUAGUACUACUAAUUGAUUGUUUAUGUAAUAUGCAUAGAUAUCAUAUUAUUUUUUCUAAUUCAAAGUUUAUUAGAAAAAUAAAUAUUUAUUUUUGUAUACCAUAUACAUAUUACAAUCAAUUAUUCGUUUUAGAACAAUUGUUAUAAAGAAAAAUUAUAUGUACCCAAGUGGCAUUUUCUUUUUUUAAGGCCAAAGUGUGACAAUACUAUUUUCAGUGUGAUAUUUGUAUUAUAUUUUUAUAUAUGCCCAGAAAGAAUAAAAGAAUAGUUUUUAUUAAUCAUUUAUAGAUGUUACUAAUACUUAAUUGUUUUUUGUAUUAUUUUAGUCUUUAACUUCACAAUAUCUGUGAUGUUUUUUUUUAUCUAUAACAUAUUUAGAUAAAUAAAAAAAACUGAAAUUAAAUCUACUUAAACUCACAAUA